CGCUGACAGCAGGACGGGUUCGAGAAAACGAUACCGGAUCACUGCAGCGCUCCUGUCACUGUCACCCACAUAUUCACCUACAGGGACUCCAGUCGCUGCGAACACAGUCAGCCAUGUCGUCUAUGUUCGGGGUCGUCGGGAAACAGCUCCGGACCCAUCCAGCUCUGAUCCCCCUCUUCGUCUUCAUUGGGGGUGGAGCAGCAAUGAGCAUGAUGUAUUUGGGAAGACUGGCUUUGAAAAACCCUGAUGUCUCAUGGGAUCGUACAAACAACCCUGAGCCAUGGAACAAGAUUGGGCCAAAUCAACAGUACAAAUUUUACAAAAUCAACAUGGAUUACUCCAAACUGAAGAAGGGCGGGCCAGAUUUCUAAAUCGGUCAUCUUUUCAACUGCAUGAUGAGCCUUUGCACUUUUUAUGCCAAAUACAGAUGCCUAUGAGACAAAUUGAGUGUAAAGGAAAGAGAUCAUUCACUUAUUCAUGACUGAAUAAAACAGGCUACCACCUGUUUGCUGAUUGAAUAUAUUUUAUUUUUAUUUGCUUUGCUGUGUUGUAAUUUAUUAAAAUCUUUACAAUGA